AUGAAGCAGAUAGAGACCAUUCAGGCAUUCACUGUCUCACCAUGGACAUACCGGAUACAGACAAUAUGCGAAAGGGAUAGUGCGAAGGCUACUAAGCUUGCAAGUAAGGCAGUAGGCAUCCUAAUAGCAACUAGUGCAUCUGCUAGAGCAGGGCUCGUGGGCAUGGGAGGAUGCAUGAUAGACACCCAAGCAAACGGCAAUAACGAUACUAUGCCCAGCUACUCUAUAACACUAGGCAAAAGGACAGAACAAAACCCUUACAUAGCAGAGUUAGGAGCAAUAGCAGCAGCACUGGAACGCAUCCCAGUCAGGACAUGCCGCAGAUGGAUCACUAUUCUUAAUAGCAACAGAUCUGCCCUUGCAGCAAUCAGCCAACCUCGUCAACAGUCCGGCCAAAAGAUCAUCCAACGGAUAUACAAACUGGUUCAGACCCUACAGCGCCAGGGAAACGCGAUCAACGCAAUCUGGGUCCCAGCUCACACAGAUAUGAACGUGAAGCUUAGGACAAAAACAGAAGCACAGAAACCAACGAAAACGGAAUGCCAACCAGAUAUACAGCCAUAUCAAGCCAAAUCAACUGCGAUUAGACUUGCCAUUGCUGAACAACGACAAGAAUGGACUCUCCCAGAGAGCGUCGGAAAGUACUCAAAGGCUAUUGACACUGCACUCCCAGGAAAGCACACCAGAAGUCUAUAUGAUGGACUGAAUCGGAAAGAGGCAAAGACACUAGCUCAACUUCGGACAGGCAUGACAAGGCUCAACAGCUAUUUGAACAGGAUAGGCGCAGCAGACUCUGAUCUCUGUGCCUGUGGCCAAGCAAGCGAGACGGUGGAACACUUUUUAUUCCGCUGCACGCAAUGGACAGCAAUGAGAGAGGGCAUGAAUCAAUGCACGCAGACGAAACGAGGAAAUCUGUCCUUCUUCUUAGGCGGAAAAUCACGCUCAGACUCUGAUCGAUGGCAACCGGAUAUGAAGGCCGUCCAGGCAGCAAUCAAGUACGCGAUUGCAACAGGAAGAUUGGAGCAGGAACCCGAACCUGAACCUCAAGCAACACAGUGA